AUGGAUCUUUUGAAUUUAGCCGAAGCAGCAUUACGACCCUCUAACGAGCCCUCUGCUGAGGAAAACAAUGAGGUUUAUGAAGGAGAUAGCCAAUUGCCGCAGAGAGUCUUGGAAUCUGAAAAUCUGCACAUCAUUUUGGAGUACUGCAAAAGGGUUGACCUUUCAGAGUAUAUUCGAAAACAUCAAGGAAAAUUACAUGAAGAAACUGUAAGCCACUUUAUGCAGCCACAAGUCUAUUCUUCAUAUGCACCGGUGAAAGGACUUUAUCUUUAUGGAGGACUUGGCGCAGGCAAGACUAUGUUGAUGGACCUGUUUUUUGAUCAAUUGCCUUGCAACUGGAGGAAAAAGAGGAUCCACCUUCAUGACUUCAUGCUGGAUGUCCACAGUCGUUUGCAAGUUGUACCUCACAUUAUCGAUGGCAUUCAACAGUAG